AGCCGGAUUGGCUGCCGGACGGAAACAGUUCUGCCUGAGUGUGUGAGGAUUGUUCAGCGAAGAAAAGCGAGAGGGUGAAGAAGACCGGAGGAAAAAACACAGACAGAGGACAGGUGAAGCGACCAGGUGUACAAUAGGACAGUGUGUCAGGAUGCUGCGCCCGUUGCUGAUGUGUUUCGUCGUCUGCAUUGUCUACGGCAGCAGUAAACCGACAGAGAAGAAGAGUCGAGUUCUUCAUGAAGAACCACUCAGCCGUCUCGAACAUGACGACAACAACAACUACGAGUACGAUCACGAAGCUUUUCUGGGUCAAGAUGAAGCCAAAACCUUCGACCACCUCCCACCAGAGGAGAGCAAACGGAGGCUCGGCAUCAUCGUGGACAAAAUCGACAGUAACAAAGACGAUUUUAUCUCUGAAGAGGAGCUGAAGGUUUGGAUCAAAAAUGCUCAGAAGAAACACAUUUAUGACAAUGUGGAGCAUCAGUGGAAAGACUUUGAUAUGAACAACGAUGGUCUGAUCAGUUGGGAAGAGUAUAAGAACGUCACAUAUGGAAGUUACCUGGAUGACCCUCAGACAGACACAGAGUAUAAUUACACCCACAUGAUGCUGAGGGAUGAAAGACGUUUCAGAGUUGCAGACAGAAAUGGAGAUUUGAUCGCAGAUAAACAUGAGUUCACAGCUUUUCUUCACCCUGAAGAUCAUGAACACAUGAAGGACAUCGUGGUACAGGAAACGAUGGAAGACAUCGACAAGAAUGGAGAUGGUUUCAUCGACCUGAAGGAGUACAUCGGUGACAUGUACACUGAAGAGGACAAUGAAGAAGAACCAGAGUGGGUGGCAACAGAACGUCAACAGUUUUCAGAGUUCAGAGACAAAAACAACGAUGGUAAGAUGGAUAAAGAGGAAACUCUAGACUGGAUCCUUCCAUCUGAUUACGACCACGCUGAAGCUGAAGCCAAACACCUACUGCACGAGUCCGACACCAACAAGGAUGGAAAACUGACCAAGAGAGAAAUUCUUGAUAAAUAUGACGUGUUUGUUGGAAGUCAAGUGACGGACUUUGGAGAGGCUUUACUGCGACACGAUGAGUUUUAGAGCUGUAGCUGAUUUUUUAGAUAGAAUACACUAUUUUACUGUUUUUGAAGAAUAAUUUAUUUUUGAAACCAACAGAAGACAAAAGUUUUUAUUAAUUUGAUGUGUCUACAUUCAGAAAGUUUAAAAUUUUGAGACUUCUGUUAUGUUCAGAUGAUCAGUGAUGUAUGAAACAGCUUCAUCAGUUUGAUCUGUAUAUGAGAUUUCACUCCUUUUAUUUCAAUUUUUAGGACUUUUUAUAUUUUGUCCAUGCUUUGUUUUUUUCUGCUCCUCACUCUGGGUAAUGACACAAAAUCAGUUUGAAGUAUUUUUUUUCUUUUUCUUGUUAAAUGUUUAAGUUUCCUAUCGCUGUGAUAGGUUUGCUGAUCUCUCCUCUCUUUGGUGCCUCACAGGAUUUAUGUCACUGUUUACUGAUUUCAUGUUUUUUUAACUUCUUUUUAUGAUGCCAUCUAAAAAAUUAAGGUUUUAAGAAAAGACUAAACCUCCGGAGAGUUCAGAACUCGGAGUUAAUGUAUCAAAAAGUCAGAGUUGCUGGAGACAAGAUGAAGUUAUGAGUGUUUUAAAAAUAAAUGUAACUCCACAUUUUAUAUCACUGUAAAAGUAAUUUAGACCAGUUUGUGUUGAAUUUGCACGCAGACACAGUCAGUGAUUCAUAUUUUGGAUUACAUGAUGCACCUUCACUUUUACAGCCUGUU